CUAGUAGUGCACAAUCAACGAUACAAAGCAGAUAUAAUUAUAGCCACGUCGAGCGAAGAUUAUAAUUAUAAGAGGACAAUGGAGAUUGCUGAAGAAGAAAGUUGUUCAUCGUAUUCACCAUGUGUUCCUAUCAAUAAAAAAUCAAGGUUUAGUAGUAAAUGGAUAUGGCAUUACUUUACAAUAUAUAAUGGCGACUUUAUUAAAUGCAAUAUUUGUUUUCGUGUAUUCAACCACGAUAUAAAACGUAGUUUAAUGAUACAUAUGAAAUCAAAACAUUUAGCAAUUUAUAAUAACUCAAAAACAAAAUGGACGCAUUCUAAAAUAGAUCAAAAAUUAAAAUGCAAUUAUUGUGAUAAAACUUAUGAACCAAUAUAUAAAAUUGAUAUAAUGAUAAACCACAUAAACAAUAGUCAUAAACUUAAUAAAGAAAUAACAGAUAAACUCCAAACCUGGGUGAUUGACCAAUUAAUUAUUCUGGAAUGCGAAAUUUGCAAACAAUUUAGUAAAUACCAUGCCUUUAUAUUUAUGAUACAUUUAUACAAAGUUCAUCAUGUCAUUGUACCUGAAGAAUUCAUACCACAGAGAUUAUCAUUUAGAUUAAAAAAUCUUUUUUAUCCAAGUAAAAAUGUUGAAAACAUUCCAACAUCAACCAGCAAUAAUCAUCAGCAGCCAUCUAUACUUAGAACUUACUUUAAGGAUUAUGAUCCGACUUUUCAUUCUUUCGAUACAUUUGAAUUACCAAAUACUUUAGUCAAUCUUUUAAGUUCUGAUAACGAUACUGCAACAUCAAGCAGUAAUAAUCAGCAGCUUUCUACACUUGGAACUUACUUUAGGGAUUAUAAUCCGAAAUUUAAUUCUUCCGAUUCAUUUGAAGAAGAGUGUCAUUUAAUGCCCUCAACUAAUGGAUUAUCAAAUACUUUAAACAAUCCUUUAAGUUCUGGUAACGAUACUGCAACAUCAAGCAGUAAUAAUCAGCAGCCUUCUAUACUUGGAACUCACGAUGAAAAUUAUGAUCCCAAUUUUAAUUCUUUCAAUUUAUUUGAAGAAGAGUGUCAUUCAAUGCUUUCAACAAAUGAAUUAUCAAAUACUUCAGGCAAUGUUUUAAGUUCUGGUAACGAUACUGCAACAUCAAGCAGUAAUAAUCAGCAGUCUUCUAUACUUGGAACUCACGAUGAAAAUUAUGAUCCAAAUUUAAAUUCUUUCAAUUUAUUUGAAGAAGAGUGUCAUUCAAUGUUUUUAACAAAUGAAUUAUCAAAUACUUCAGACAAUCUUUUAAGUUCUGGUAACGAUACUGUUACAUCAAGCAGCUUUUAUCAGUCAAUUGUCAGUACUGAGCUUACUGAUGCUGAGGAAUUGUGUGAUAAUUAUAGAGAACUGGAAAAGUUUUUGGAGUGUGAUAAAGAAGAAAGUUAUUCAAUUAUCCCGUUUGAUAAAUAUUAAUGAUUUAUUCUCUUUUUUCGAUGUAAUAUAAAGGAAAUAACAUGAAAUUAUAAUUGUAUGAUCUAUUUUGCGAACAUAGUUUGUUAAUUAUCAGGCAAUUUGUUAGUUAUCAAGUUGCUUUUUUAAAUUAUUCAUAUUUAUAAUUUUUUUUACAUUUAUUA